UGAGCAAUAGUCCUCGGCGGAGAUGAAAAAGCCUUGCAAUCACCAAUUUGUAGGUACAUAUUGGUAUUGGGGCGCGCGGCAGAAAAAAUCAGCCGAAUUUCUUGCAGAGAGAUGGUGGGCUUUGAAAUGGCGGUGAAAUUCUGGUGCUGAUUUGACGAAUUCACUUCUCGAUCGGAAAACCUAUCCAACUCUUAUUGGCAUACGCGUUUCAAAUCAUCAUCAUCAUCAUCAUCGAGUAGACGGAUUGGUGAUUGUUUUCCGCAACAGGUUAGCUUCUACUUGGAUUGCUAAAUCGAAUAUUGUUCAGAUCUGUUCGACUUAGGAACUGUUGCUUUACACUGUUGGACUACGAAUCGGAUUUGGGGAAAUCAUGUUCUCGCAGGAACUUGCUCCAUUUGGAACAUAACUUCGGUUUUUUAUUGAGUAUUUGGAUUGUCCGGGGUUUCGGGGAAUCUGUUCUUUGUAACCGAAAUAUUUUUUGGUUUCUUCAGCUGGGGGAACAGGGUUAGGGAUUCUCCGAUCCUUUCUAGUGGAAUAGGACAAUUAUACUGUUGCCUGAUUGCCUUCGAAUUCUUACUUGAAAUAUGCAUCCCCGUCACCGAAAUACUGGAAAUGGGUUUAGGUCUAGUUCCAUGGGAGUGGGAUUAGCUUCUUCUCGAAUCUCUCCUGAGGGAUCGGUUAGGGGCCAUGGCAGCGCAUAUGGCUCUGACUAUCGCAACUUUAAUCACCCGGGUGGCUUUGGGCGCGGUCAGGGAUACCAUAAAUCAUAUCAAUCAUCCCAGUCGUUGCCUCCUCCGCGAAGAGGUGGGGGUUCUGUUGAUAUUUUCAUGGAAGCAGGUCGCCUUGCAGCUGAAUACCUGGUGUCUCAAGGUCUGCUCCCAUCUAGUGUCUUGUCUGGUAAAUGGCAAGGUGGAAGCUUGAGGAAGGAGCCUUCUGAGUUUCAGGAAUUAGGUCCACUUCGUGAAGAAGGACGAGCAUCUACUGCAGCUCCUCAUUCAGGAUUUGUUGGACCUGAUUCUGGGUCAGGUAGAAGGCAACCAUCUGAUGAAUAUAGUUCAGCAUCAUCACGAAAUCAUUGGAGAGGACGAAGAAGAUCCACAUCUUUCCGAAGUGGUGGUUCUGAUUGGGGUGGCCAUGAUUACAGUAGGAGCAAUACUUACAAUGAUAGAGCUAGAGCUUCUCCAGAUACAGACGCCGAUGAUGACACUGAUAAUCUUUCUGCUUAUAGCAGUCAACAGCAAACUGGUGAAGAAGUUGGUACUGAAUUGCAAGACCUCAAAUCCUCCAAAUUAGGACGAAAUGGUGACAUACCCGAUGAUUCAGGACCUGAGUUGGUUAAGUACCCUUUGCCAGAUGAUGUAGGUUCAAAGGCAAGUGCUUUCACUGUUGGGAAAGAUCUUCCAUGUGAGCAGAAACUUACUAAAGGUUCUGAUGAUUUAAGUACCAUAGAUUCAGGCUCCGAGGAUGUGAAAAAUAAUACCAGUACUAAUGAAACUGAAAAACACUGUGUGGUGGAGAAACUAUCUGUCCAGAACAAAGUUGCUGAUGGUGACCCCUUGGUGAAGCAAGAGACUGAUCUACUAGCAUUCUGCAGAUUUGCUAAGUUCCCCACCAAAACUCGCUCUUCAUUGGCAUACAAGGGUUCUAAGACAGAUCCUAUUACAACUGUGUCAGAACGACCUUCUGAUAUCAACCCUAACAGAGAAUCUGAAAUUUCACUUGACAGUAACUCUUCCAGUUGUACAUUAUCUGGUUCUGUAUCAGCUAAAAAACAUGACGUUGAGCAUCAAAACUCUGAAAGAUCUAAACCAGAAUCUCUUGAGGAAUCUGGUAUAGUGGAGGAGCUAUAUCCUAGAUAUGGUGAGAAAGCUAGCUCUUUGACAUCUCAACCUUUACAGCAUGGAGCAUUUUGGAAUGAGAGCAAGCAAGAAUCUUGCCAAAGUUCCGCUGUAUUUGGAAGGAGUAAUCCUAUGUUUGAGGAGAGGGGCCAAAAACGAUCUUUAGAUGAGAGGGAUGUGGUGGAGGAAAAUAAAAAACCAAGAGAAUGGAUUCCAUCGAUCACUUCUAAGGAAGACGAAUCCUUUAACCUUCUGAAGUUCGAUAAAACAAAAGUCUGUUCCGAGGAAAACAAACCAUCAUGUGAUGGUGAAGUUAUUGUAGCUGCUGACUGUGUGAACUCAGUGAAUAGUUUUCAUUUCAUGAGAGGUGGGGGUGGGCCUUGUGUUGAUUAUGCACAAGAAAAGCAGCUUUUUCCAAAUUCAUUUAAGAUCUGUGACCUUAACCUUAUGGAGGUUUCUGACAUACAUGAUAAUCAUGAUAAUAAUCCUCUUCUCAUCUUCCCAUCUAUUUCUGAAACAAAAAGAGAAGCAGCACCUGUUGAUAUUGACUUGUCUAUAAGCAAUGCUACUGAAUUUGGUCAGAAUGGUAUAGUGGCUGGGAGUAAAGAGAUUGAAAUUAUUGAUUUGGAAGAUGACUCCGCGGCUCAAGUAGACAAGAGCUUCCACGAUGCAGAGAGAAAGAGGGAGACCGUAUUUAGUGGACUGGAAGGCUUUUCUAAUAACCCACAAAAUAGUGGGGAUAUUCCUGAUGUUCAAGAUGGUUAUGGACUUAUGAUUUCAGAGUUACUUGGAGCUGAAUUCCCCAACUGUUCUUCUGUUCAAGGAGACAUCAAUCCAAUGCACAAUGAAAUGCCACUUCCGAAUGGAGAAGGGGCUCUGGCAGAUGAUGAUCUAAUUUACAUGUCUCUGGGAGAAAUUCCGUUGAGUAUGCCAGAAUUUUAAUUUCUUAUCAUGUGUCCAUCAAUAUAAUUAUGUGAUCAAUCUACCGAAGGUGCUUGGACACCCUUGAAUAAGUAUAACUUAAUGUGAUGGUAGGAGUUGUGUAUUAUGCUAAAGAAGGAUAUGCAAUUGUUUCCCAACAGGUUGCGAAGGUCAAAAAUGCAUCUUGGGAAAGAAAAUAGGUGAAUAUUGUAAGACAAAAUGAUAGCAAAUGGUCCGUCCUUUUUUAGACGCUUCUGUUACUUUAUUUGCUUGCAUAUGCCUCUUUAUAUCUCUGCA